UUCGAGUAUAUCUUCAACCCUCCAUUUUGGUCUCACACGUACGUACGUACGGACGCCAUGCCGUCGUCUUCACCAUCGACCCUCCAAACCCUCUUAGACUCAGCCCGCCCCUUCCUCCGCGGCGAGCUCGAGUCCAUCGACAAGAAUUUACCUUCGCUUGUCGCUGUGUUGCGCUCCGUUGGAGCCGGUGAGUGCUGGCACAAGCACGGCAGCUUCCUCGACCACCUACUCGACAUAUACCGCAUCCUCAAGAUUUGGAAAGCACCCGACUCCGUCUGCCUUUGCGGUCUCUUCCACUCGGCCUACUCCAAUUCUUAUGUCAACCUCGCCAUAUUCGAUCCCUCUGCGGGACGCGACGUGGUCCGCGCCCAUGUUGGGGAGGCUGCCGAGGGGUUAAUCCACUUGUUUUGUGUCGUCCCAAGACAGCCUCUCAUUCAUGACGAUCUUUUGUUCCAUUACUCUGACUCCGAACUCGUCGAACACCUUAAGCUUUCCGAGAUAUCGUUGAGGACUGCCAAGGAGAAUGGUCUGUUCAAUGAAGAAGAGGGUUGGAGGAAGAAGUUGCAGUCCCUUCUUCCCGCUGAUGGGAUUACUGUGAAGCACAUCAAGACCGGUGAAGAUGUCCCCGUCUCUAGAAGGGUGGUCGCGAUUUUCCUUAUGAUGACGAUGGCGGAUUUCAGUGACCAACUUUUCGGCUUCCAAGAUGCGCUAUUUGAUAAUUCUGACGGUCGCCUCAGUUUUUCAGGCAACAAUUACGCGGCUUUGUGGCCUGGCGAUGGCAAGCCAGGGCUAUGGAUGAAUUCCGUUUCGAGGAUGGGAGCGAUUUACAGUUUAAUAGCGAGAGAGGAAGAGAUUUUGAAGGAAGGAAAAAGAAGGGCUGGUGAUGUUGAAGUUGAAACUGAUGAUAGAGAUGAAGAUAUUGAGCUUGUGAUUCCACCCGUUUUUGACAAGUGUAAAAGGGUUUUGGAUGCAGGGGAGCAAAUUGUUGCGAGGGAGUUGUACUGGGAAGCUGUUUGUGAUAUCUCUAAGAGAGGGAUAGAGAGGGCUGAGGAGUUGUUGUUGAGGUGCGUUGAGAAGAAUGCUUUUGUUGGGGAACCACAUGUGGUGUUGGCUCAGGUUUAUUUGAGCAAAGGGAGGUUUGAGGAGGCAGAGAGAGAGGCAGAGAGAGGGCUGACACUAUUGUUGGAGUGGGGGAAUCCAUGGGAUAAGAGGACAUCUUGGGAAGGAUGGAUUGCUUGGGCUAGAGUUUUGUUGAUGAAGGCAAAGGAGAAGUCAUGGCCACAGAGUUCUUGGGGCAUUCUCAACUUGGGUCUUGUAAGGUAAAAUGCUUUGAAUUACUUGGUCACUCUAUGCUCUACUCAAUUAUGGAUUUGCCAGUCAAUAAAGAAACUAUUCUACAGUGUAUUAUUAGUAGCUAAUUCCAUGGCCUGUAUUGGAGCCCAGACUCCAGAAAGCUAAUGAUGAAGUGCUCUAUCUAAGUUUGUCUUCUA